AUGAAGCUCGAAUUGGUCUCGGAAUUAGGGACGUGGGAAAAUGCUGUGCUCGCUGUAUACGCCUUGUUGGCGGCUCUUCCGCUAUGGUACUUGACAACCUUUUUCAUCUCCCCGUUGCGACGAUUUCCUGGUCCUCCUCUCGCAGGAUGGACAAACUUGUGGCGGAUGUUUCACGUCCGACAGGGUCGGUACCAUCUAGUCAUCCAUGAGUUGCACAAAAAGUACGGCCCUGUAGUACGCAUCGCGCCCAAUGUGUUGGACCUGGAUAUUCCGGAGUUGACCAAGACAAUCUACAAUACCAAAGCGGAGUACCUCAAGACCGAAUUCUAUCACGGUAGUAGCGCCAAGAGCAAUGGCAAAAUCAUCUAUAACCUCUUUAGCGAGUGUAAGCCAGACGUUCACGCGUUGCAUAAAAGACCCAUCUCAAAGUACUAUUCCAUGAACGGCGUGCUCCCACUGGAAACCCAUAUUGACGAGAUGAUCGCGUACUUCUGUCAACGGCUGGAGGAAAAUUUUAUGGAUGGAUCCAACGCCACCGAGUCGUUCAGACUCGAGGACUGGAUUGCAUACUAUACCUGGGACGUUGUUGGCAAAGCCACUUUUAGCCAGCCCAUUGGAUACCUCGAGAAAGGGUAUGACUUUGAUCAUACCCUGAGCACCGCCGAUACGGCCAUGGACUACUUCACCAUGGUUGGUCAGAUGCCUAUCCUGGAUCACCUGCUUGACAAGAACCCUGUUUGGAGGAUUGGUCCACCGUCUUUUGGUAAUAUCACCAACAUCUCGAUCCAGCAUCUGAUGGAUCGGCUUCAGGGAAAGGAUACCCACUACCACAAUCCUAGCAAGCCGGACUUCCUCGAUAAGUUCAUUGAAGCUAAGGAAAAAUAUCCGGAUGUUGUCGAUGAUAUGCAGAUUGUUUCGUAUCUGAUGAUCAACAUGAUUGCGGGCGCCGACACGACUGGUAUCACCCUCAAUGCGGCCCUGUAUUUUUCCCUGAAGAAUCCCCGCGUUUGGAACCGACUGCGCGCAGAAUUCCCUGCUCGAUGUCCCUCUGAUCCACCAGUGGUAUCGUACAAAUCUGCGAGAGAGGUCCCGUAUCUGGAUGCUGUCGUUCGUGAGGCAAUGCGGUGCCAUCCCGGCGUUGCGAUGCUUCUGGAGCGAUACGUGCCGAACGGCGGUCUGAAUCUUCCAAAUGGACAGCAUGUGCCAGCUGGCGCGGUCGUCGGGAUGAACCCUUAUGUCACGGGACGCAACAAGUCGGUCUGGGGUGAAGACGCUGAAGAAUUCCGUCCUGAGCGCUGGCUUCGUGAUCAAACGCGCGAAACAGAGGAGGCGUUCCAGAAGAGGCUGCAGUUGAUGAAUAACACUGACCUUACCUUUGGUGGUGGGAGCCGGGUUUGUAUUGGGAAGCACUUUGGCUUGCUGGAGGUGUACAAGGUGAUCGCUACUCUUGUCUCGCGCUAUGAUGUUGAGUUGGUCCAUCCCGAGCGGGACUGGGAGACCCAUAACAGCUUCUUCGUGCGGCAGAGUGGGAUCGAGGUCAGAAUGUCUCCUCGUGGGUGUUAA